AUGCCCCACCUCCGAGCUCACGAAGUCCAGAAGCUCUUGCAUAACAAGUUCGUCGUCAUCCUGGGGGACUCCAUCCAGCGUGCCGUGUACAAGGACCUGGUUCUCCUGCUGCAGAAAGACUGCCUGCUGUCUUCCAGUCAGCUGAAGAGUAAAGGUGAGCUGAGCUUCGAGCACGACGUGUUGCUGGAGGGCGGCAGGUGGGGACGCAUGCACAAUGGCACCCACUACCGCGAGGUGCGCCAGUUCUGCUCGGGCCACCACUUGGUGCGCUUCUACUUCCUCACACGUGCCUACUCGCCCUACGUCGAGGACAUCCUGCAUCAGCUGCGCUGGGGCCAGUAUGCCCCCGACUUGGUGGUCAUGAACUCUUGCCUCUGGGACUUGUCCAGAUAUGGACGCAACUUCCGUAGGCGCUACCAAGAGGACCUGGAGAAGCUGUUCAGACGCCUGGAUCAAGUGCUGCCUGCCUCCUGCCUCCUGGUGUGGAACACCGCCAUGCCUAUAGCCGAGGUCGUAUCUGGGGGCUUCAUCCUGCCUGAUGCGCCAGCCUGCCCCACGCGCCUGCGCGAAGAUGUGAUGGAGGCCAAUUUCUACAGCUCAUCAGAGGCGGUGAGGCGUGGCUUCGACGUGCUGGAUCUCCACUUCCACUUCCGCCACGCGGGGCAGCACCGACUGAGUGAUGGCGUCCACUGGGACGAGCGGGCGCACCGCUACCUCUCGCAGCUGCUGCUGGCGCACGUGGCAGACGCCUGGGGCGUGGUCCUCCCUGCUCACAACCCUGUGGGCAGGUGGAUCAGGGAUGUUCCCGCCCAGAGACAGCCAGACCGGGCAGAUAGAAGGCAGCCUCAAGACCACCACAGACGUGAGCUGAGUGAAGCCCCAGUGUCUAGGCACUCUUCCUCGCCCAGGUACCACCGCCACAGUCCUCAGAGAUCUUCCUCUCAUGCUCGAAACCUGCCAAGCCGCAGAGAAGAUCCCAUGUCCUCCUCUCCAUCCUCCCAGCAACAGCCACUUCGCAGAGUUUCCCCGAGGCGCAGGAAUGAGUUUAUCAGGGAAACCAGCUCAGCAUAUCGUGAGCAGAGGCCGGGCCCUAUCCGCAGAAUCUCUACCCACCACCGAAACAGAGAGUCAACCCCUUAUCCUUCCAGGCACCACAGUGAGCCACACAGAUCCCAUCGAAGGCACAGCCAUCGACCGACCUAA